AGCGCAGAGGGAAGGCAGUAGAUCAGUGGAUCAUGUGAUCUGUUUGCAUAUCAAGGUCGCCAUUUUGCAGGAAAGUUUGGGAAUUUCGGGAACACUAGAAGAAAGAGGAAGUGUUGCGCUGAAGAAGUUUCGAUUACGGACGUGUGCGGAUCCAAGACUCCAGGCAGGAGGGAACGGGAGACAUGUGUGAACGGGAACCCGUCUGCGAGAGAACUUUACUUGCACUUCAGCAGGGGUUAUUAGUAUUUCUGCCUUUUCACUUCCAUUGCAACAGAUCGGAAGCAGUUUUUCCAAAUGUUUGUAAUGCGAUUUGUUGAUUUACUACUCCAUGCACUCGUCUGCAGAAAGUUGAGCAAAGUUGUAUGAAAGUGUCCACGGGGUCCUGCCUUAUCUGUGACAGGGUUAUGAGUGAAGUGGUCGUUUACAGUUUUUAUUUGAUUGGAGGACUAUUGAUAUUGAGCUUUCACAUGUCAGCCUGACUCGGUCAGUGAUCGCCAGUGAUUGUUGAUCACUACGAAAUCAAAGUGAAAGUGAUCAGUCAUUCAUUCCAAUGGUUUACAGCAGUCGCAGUUGUGAGACUUUGAAUCUUUGAGUCUUGAUCAUGCCAGUGAGAAAGAAAGAUGCUCAGAGGGCACUGCUGCUUCUGGACGAAUACCGAACUAAACUCAGUCAGACCGGAGACCCUCAUCUCAGACGUUCAAUUGAGAGAGUCAUCAAUAUUUUUCAGAGUCAACUCUUCCAGGCUCUUAUAGAUAUUCAGGAAUUUUAUGAAGUGAGCCUCCAGGAUAAUGAGAAUAAGCCCACAGAGCCGUCAAGCCUUAAAACCAGAGAACUCUUUCCUCCUGUUAAUGAAUGGAAUCUCACUGGCCCUCCCAGUACCACUGCACCAACAGAAACUGUGCCCAGUGUCAAUGCCCAAAGCAAAGAGAAAUAUAGAUAUCAGGAUGAGGAUACCACGUCGCCUCCAGAACACAGCUCUCCACACCUACCAGGGGAUGUGCAUCCUCCUGAGCUGGUGCAGGUGUCGGAGAAGAACAUCUCCCAGAUUGAGAAUGUACACGGCUAUGUUUCCCAUUCACACAUCUCUCCUAUGAAGGUAGAGUCUCUGGAGUGCGUUUUUGACGGGCCGUCUACAUUAGGAGGUGAGGAGGUCCCAGCCCCCGCCUUUGCCACACUAUACUCGCAAAGUGACACACUGAUGCAGCAGGCAGAUGUCAUUCCUCCCUCCGCUCCCAUAAUCCCUGUGAUCCCCAUCUCACCCGUCCCAGCCGAGACCACUGCCAUUCCUGCACCCACAUCACAGGCAAGCCCCGCACCGGUGGUGGUGAACACAGAAAGCCUUGACACCUCGCCCUAUGUGAAUGGAACAGAAGCUGAUUAUGAAUAUGAAGAAAUUACACUUGAACGGGGGAACUCAGGCCUGGGUUUCAGUAUUGCAGGCGGUACCGAUAACCCCCACAUCGGCGAGGACCCAAGCAUCUUUAUCACAAAGAUCAUCCCAGGAGGAGCUGCCGCACAAGAUGGCAGACUCAGAGUUAAUGACUGUAUACUGCGGGUAAAUGAUGUAGAUGUGAGAGACGUAACUCACAGCAAUGCUGUGGAGGCACUGAAGGAGGCAGGCUGCAUCGUCAGACUGUACGUCAGAAGAAGAAAAGCUGUCACAGAAAAAAUAAUGGAUGUAAAGCUGGUAAAAGGUCCUAAAGGUCUAGGUUUCAGUAUAGCCGGAGGAGUUGGAAACCAACAUAUUCCUGGGGACAACAGUAUUUAUAUCACCAAAAUCAUUGAGGGAGGAGCGGCCCACAAAGAUGGACGGCUACAGACUGGAGAUAAACUUAUGGCUGUGAAUGCAGUUUGCCUUGAAGAGGUCACUCAUGAAGAUGCCGUGGCUGCCUUGAAAAACACCCCUGAUGUCGUCUAUUUAAAAGUGGCGAAACCCACUAGUGUCUUUAUGAAUGAUAGUUACGUUCCUCCCGAUGUCACCAGCUCCUAUUCCCAGCACAUGGAGAAUCAUAUCAGCACCCAAAGCUAUCUGAGUCAGCCAUUAACCCCCGGCACCCCACCUCGGUACUCUCCUAUCUCAAAAGGCAUGCUGGGAGAUGAUGAGAUCACAAGGGAGCCUAGGAAAAUAGUCCUACAUCGGGGCACCACGGGACUAGGCUUCAACAUUGUAGGAGGAGAGGAUGGAGAGGGAAUCUUCAUCUCAUUCAUAUUAGCAGGAGGCCCUGCAGACCUGUGUGGAGAAUUAAGGAAAGGAGACCGUAUCAUCUCUGUAAAUGGGGUGGACCUCCGCAGUGCAACGCACGAACAGGCAGCUGCAGCACUGAAGAAUGCCGGACAGACUGUCACCAUUGUGGCUCAGUACAGACCUGAAGAGUACAGUCGAUUUGAAGCCAAAAUCCAUGAUCUACGGGAGCAGAUGAUGAACAGCAGUAUUAGUUCAGGCUCCGGCUCAUUGCGGACUAGUCAGAAGAGGACCCUGUAUGUCAGAGCCCUGUUUGAUUAUGACAUAACGAAAGACUCCGGCCUGCCCAGUCAGGGGCUGAACUUCCACUUUGGCGACAUCCUACAUGUCCUGAAUGCUUCGGACGAGGAGUGGUGGCAAGCGCAGCAUGUGACUCCAGAUGGCGAGAUGGAGGAGAUGGGCGUCAUUCCCAGCAAGAAGAGGGUGGAGAGAAAAGAAAGAGCCAGGUUAAAGACGGUUAAAUUCAACUCCAAGUCUCGAGACAAAGGGCAGUCACUCAAUGACAAGCGUAAAAAGAACCUCUUUUCGCGAAAAUUCCCUUUCUACAAGAACAAGGACCCCAGCGAACAGGAAACAAGCGAUGUGGACCAGCAUGUAACUUCUAAUGCCAGCGAUAGUGAAAGUAGUUACCGUGGGCAGGAAGAGUAUGUCCUCUCGUAUGAGACAGUCACGCAACAGGAAGUGAGUUAUGCUCGUCCGGUGAUUAUCCUUGGACCCAUGAAAGACCGGAUCAAUGAUGAUCUAAUCUCGGAGUUCCCAGACAAGUUUGGAUCAUGUGUUCCCCACACGACUAGACCAAAGCGAGACUACGAGGUUGAUGGCAGAGACUACCAUUUUGUUAUUUCACGGGAACAAAUGGAAAAAGACAUUCAAGAUCACAAGUUCAUCGAGGCCGGCCAAUAUAACAACCACCUCUACGGGACAAGCGUGCAGUCAGUGCGAGAGGUUGCAGAAAAGGGCAAGCACUGCAUCCUGGAUGUCUCCGGCAAUGCCAUCAGACGACUCCAGUUAGCACAGCUCUACCCCAUUGCGGUGUUCGUGAAACCCAAAUCAGUGGAGAAUAUUUUAGAGAUGAAUAAAAGAUUGAUGGAGGAGCAAGGCAGGAAGACCUAUGACAGAGCCAUGAAACUGGAGCAGGAAUUCCUAGAGCACUUCACCGGUGAGAACAGUAGAGUAAACUUGCAUCCCAAUCAGCUGUGACCUUUCUGCUUAGUCAUUUUCAUGUAUACCUGUCCUGCAACGAAGCCGUACUCUGCAUUUAAACUCUA